UGGUGACAAAACUUUGAAGUGGGGUAAAGAUAUCUGUCCUUAUACAUUACCAGCAGUGAUAUUCCUGAAAAGUAGAUGUGAUAAGAUAAGGUGUCACUAGCUGUAGAUGUCACCACGCACCAUGUCAAGGUUUAUGUUGUGGAGAGAUACUCAUCACUUCACUUCAAACUCAAAAGAUAUCCUAUGGUACCAGUCUGUUAAUAGCAGUGGAAAUGACAGAAAUCAAAGCAUUCUCACCAGUGAGGAUGUGCGACUGACUUGUGCCAAACAGUCUUCAUAUCUUAUCUGAUGUCAACACAUUUCGUGCAACAGUAAUAUGUCCCUGAAAGUUAUCAGCAAUAACACGGUUCUUUACUCCUACACAGCAAUUAUUUGGGUUAUAUAAUCCAUUAGUAGUCCAGAGUUCAGUGAAGAGGGGUUACUUUAUGAAGAAACAUAGGGAUGAAUAAGCACAGAUAAUUAACAUCUGUAACUGGUGUCUGGUGGAAAGUACUGUAGAUGGGUUUCUGCGAGAGGUUUCUGCUGUAUAUAUAUAUUCUGUGACUUAUUGGUCUCUGUUAGUGUGUUGUCAACACAUAAUCUGACUGUUUAUGGCCUCCAUUCAUAUAACCUCUAACUGCUGAGGCACAUACGCUCUCUGCACCAGCCAAUCCUCAGGUAUCACUACCCAAUAAAUGGGUAAUACUGUUUAACCAGCUGUGGAAAAAGAGAAGGCAGAGAAGUGGAAGGGAUACAGUGCACAGGUCUUCAGAUGUUCAGGUGAAAGUUGUGACAAAAACCUUUUAAGCACAGCUGGUGUGUCUGACAACAGAGACGGAGCUCAGUGUGAGAUGAGAAGAAGGAUUUAACUCCAACAAUGUUGAACCGACGUGUCGGGAGAGUGAGGAAUGCCCUGGUGCGAGAGUGCAUGGCUGAGUUUUUGGGAACUUUUGUCUUGCUGCUCUUUGGCUGCUCUGCUGCAGCGCAGGUAAAGACAAGCAGAGAGACUAAAGGCCAGUUCCUGUCAGUCAACAUGGCCUUCUCCGUGGGCGUGAUGUCAGCUAUGUACCUCACCAAGAACAUCUCAGGUGCUCAUUUCAAUCCAGCGGUGACUCUGAGUUUCUGUGUGUUGGGCCAGGUCCCCUGGAGAAAGCUGGUGCCCUACUGCCUCUCCCAGGUGCUGGGGGCUUAUCUGGCAUCAGGGCUCGUCUACUUGGUCUACUAUGAUGCCAUAAUGGAGUUUAGUGGAGGAGUAUUGACUGUCUAUGGCCCAAAUGAGACCGCGUCUAUAUUUGCCACAUAUCCCUCAGAGUACAUAACUUUGGGUAGAAGUUUCCUUGACCAGGUAGUGGGCACUGGCAUGCUGAUGUUGUGCAUACUGUCUUUGGAAGAGAAGAGGAACACCCCGGCUCCCUCAGAGCUGAUUCCUCCUAUAGUGGCAGUGAUCGUCCUGGGGAUCUCUAUGUCAAUGUCAGCCAACUGUGGUGCUGCAAUAAACCCUGCUCGGGACCUGGGGCCCCGCCUCUUAACACUGACUGCAGGCUGGGGCACUGAGGUCUUUACGUGUUACAACUACUGGUUCUGGGUGCCACUGGUGGCCCCACUUAUUGGAGGUAUUAUAGGUACUUUCACAUAUUUGUUCUUCAUCCACUGGCACCUGCCUGACCCAGACCCUCCUGAGAGACUCUCCUCUCUCUCCACUAUCAGUGACAAAAUCAAGCAGCCCUGCACAAUGUGGAACAAUGGAGUAGAGUUAAAGGCUGCAUGA